AUGGGUAGAGCCAGAUCCAAGUCGGUGGUUCAAUCGAUUGCCUCUGAUGUGGCCACAUAUUCCAAGGACAACUUGCGUUUGGUCAAUGAGUCAACGGAAGCUCGAGAUGUUCAUAAUCCAGUACUAUCGGAACAAGCACAAACAUUCUCCAGCCUAAGGAAUAGGCCCAGAGGGUACUCAGUGUCCGAUGUUGCGCUGUUUGAUUCAACAGCAAGAAUUGAAGUGAAUGGCCCGCAAGAGAUACCUUUGUAUCCAUUCUCUGCCAAAGAGGAAGAGAAUUUACUCCAAUCAUACUUGAGCAGUAUAAAUUACAACUCUGUGCUCGACUCACAGUACAUUGAUGAUAUUAAUAAAUUGGCAGAUGAUUCGAUUCUAGCCUUCUGCUCCGAGUGUGAUGCUAAUGUUUCAUAUAUGCAAUCAUUGUUGAACGAGGGCACUGCAGUCAUUGACAAGCUUUCUGCAUUGACAUCUCAUUAUGACACUGUUAUGAAGGAAACUGAUGAUUUCUCGUACCAUUCUUCCCAACUCCUUGAUCAACAACGACUCUUGGAGCAGAAAACUACAGAAAUGAACCAAGUCAUACUGAUAUUUGAACCGCUUGACAAUAUUAGUGCUACGCUUGUUUCAUCUGGAAACAAUAUAAUUCACAACGGACGCAUUUCUACUAUUCUUUCUCAAGUCCAAGACUAUUUGGAUUUUUUGGCUCAGCAUGAUACUUACAAGGAUUCGGAAUCCUACGCUAUGCGCUAUCGUCAAUGUAUGACCAGAGGCCUAACAUUAGUGAUGAACUAUCUUGUGGAUGUAUUUCGUUCAAAACUAGCUGACGUAUCAUCUCGGUUGAAUUCCAAGACACCCCCAAGUGCUCUCAAUUUAGAUAUCAUGAUGUACAGUGAGUUCAACAACGAUCUCGAGAGACAAAGUGAAAACACCAGAGUGCCGGAGUUAGUAAACCUUAUCAUUGAGAGGUGCUCUGCGCAUGACGAAUAUCUUGGGCUUUUGAGCGAUGUGUUCCAGCUGUAUUUUAAGGUUAGACUCAUGCUCAUAAAUGCGCAACAACAGAUGUUACCCCAAAAAGAUGACACUCUGUCUACGGUGAAACAUUGCAAAAGGCUCACAUCUGCAUACAAAAGAUUGGUUGAGAAAGAAUUCGCCCUAUUUUGCAAAUAUUUCCCCUUAAAAUCAUCCCCUCCUUUAGUGCAGAGACACAUCAACGAUCAGCUAUACUCUUUCUUAAGGCAAAUUCUAGAUCCAUUCUAUGAUGACAUGAGAAAUCGCAUUUUACGUGAAGUGAGCAUCACGGAAUUGUGUCAGCUUACCAAUUUGCUCUCAAGUUACUACGAAUUUGAUGAGCAAACAUCGAUGAUUUCCGGCUCCAACGACUCGCCUAUAGAGUAUGGUGAACUAUUCGAGAAUAUUAUGUCUGACACUCAGUCGAGGCUCAUCUUCAGGAUUCAAAAUUUCAUCGACAACAAACUCCUCAAGUAUAGCACGAAGCCCGAGGACCUACAAUUGGCUAACCGUAAAAAUUCUAGUGAAGCUGAGGCUAGACAUAUUUUGAAACAAGAAUUCGAAGAUAAUUUGUUUCCAGAACUAUACUAUCCCGUGGGUAUUGCCUUGUCCAUUCUUUCACAACUAUACGAAUUGGUGAGCCCUUUGGUGUUUGAUGAUAUGGCUCACUAUAUUGUCCAUAGUUGUAUCAUAAUGCUCAAAGGUGGUGCUCUCAAGUUAGCAAUUACUCAUUUGGGGGCAAUUGAAGCGCGUUUAUAUUAUCUUAAAAACUUGUUGAUGUUGAACAAUCAACUUGACAAUUUCGAGAUCCAAUACGUCAGGACAGAGACCUCUCUUGACUUUACGAGUGGUCUUCUGGAGCUCUUGGGAAUACUCAGGCAGGGUUCCCUAUACGUGAACUUAAACACCAAAGGAGGGUUUCUUGAGCUAGUCAAAAAGUCCGCGCCAAGAGUUAUAAAUAACAUGAUGGAUGCAAAGACCGAGAUUGAGAUGGAAUUGACAAACACUGUCAAUGAAAUUGUCACAGAGUGCACGAAUAUGAUCUGCUCGCCUAUUUUGGCGAACGACCUGAGGGAGCCUCAAGCGAAAUGUGUUGAAUUGAGGGACAACAUCUUAACGAAAGUUCCCCAACUCCAUAAGCUGAUUCUUCUCUUUGUGAAUGAGCCUGAAAUUGUGGCUUUCCUUCUCCAGCAAUUGUCCACAUUGAUGCAACGCGCCUUUGAUACUUUCUACAAGAAACUAGAGGACGAGUUGGCCGGGCUGACAAAGGCAGAGGAAUUAAACGAAAUCAUGGAGCCAGAAGUGUUCCUGAACUUUUUCAGUGAGACCAUCUCGAGCUUACAGGAGAAGGCGGAAGAUGCCAUUGACUUUGACGAAAGGCUCCUUGAUGACUUGCACCUACGCGAAGAUUCUUCGAAAACAAUGACCGAUAGCGCUGAAAUACCGGUUCGUGAAACACAACUGGUAUCUCCAAGCACCAUUCCUGCUCCCUAA